UUGACACGAUUUUCACUGAGGUGACCCAAAACAAAAAACUGCCCGAACAGAGAGACUUCCAAAGUUUCAGUCGCAAGGUAACUGUGAUGGCGGCCUGCCAUUCCAUCGGCACUUCGUGCUCCGAAGGGGAUCUCAGCUCAGCUCUCCAUGCCGAGCUGCAGUAUCUGCGAAACAAAGUCAAGGAGCUGGAGUCUAGGAAUGCCAAAUUAUCUGCCAUUUUGUCAAAUUGUAACUGCCAGCAGAGCACUUCUGAGAGCAGGGACUUGAAUAAAGAAGUGAAACGCUUAAAUUUAGACUGCAAGGAGGUCAGCAUGAGUAAAACCAAGGAAAUUGGUUCAGGUAUUUGCCCUAUGACUAUGUUGGAGCCUCCCAAGAGAUAUGUUGCUUUGAAAAUCAUGUACUUUGGACAAAGGUUUUAUGGCUUUGCUUCAGAGGCACAGAUGGAACCAACAGUGGAGUCUGAAGUAUUUAAGGCCCUUGACAAGACAAGGCUUACAUUUGGAAACAAAAGAGACUUGAUGUACUCGAGAUGUGGCAGAACAGACAAGGGAGUUUCUUCUGUUGGCCAGGUCAUUGCUCUAUAUUUGCGGUCAAAUCAUAAGCAAUUUAAAGAGAGUAAUGAACUUGGUGGAGAAAAUGACGAAUCAUGUGUAGGAGAAAUAGAUUAUGUGAGAGUAUUGAAUAAAGUACUUCCCAUGGACAUUCGAGUUUUGGGUUGGUCUCCUGUUCCGAUGGGCUUCAGUGCAAGGUUCUCUUGUUUGAGUAGAGUAUACAAGUAUUUCUUUUGGAUGGGAAAUCUUGAUGUAAUGGCAAUGGAGACUGCUUCUCAGAAAUUUAUUGGAGAGCAUGAUUUUAGAAACUUUUGUAAAAUGGAUGCGGCUAAUGUGCACAACUAUAGGCGGCAUAUUAUAUCAUUUCAAAUGUUCCCUUGCAAUGAAAGCUUUGCAAGUGAUCAAUUGUGGGUGAUGAAAAUUAGUGGCAGUGCUUUCCUCUGGCAUCAGAUCAGGUGCAUGGUUGCUGUACUAUUUUUUAUUGGCCAGGGCUUUGAGUCCCCUAAUGUAAUAGAUUUAUUGUUGGAUACUGAAAUGACACCAAGGAAACCUCAAUAUGUAAUGUCCCCAGAGAUUCCACUGGUUCUUCAGUGCUGUGAAUUUGAAGGCGUCAGUUUUCUUUGCUCAACUGAUGCCAAGCAAACUUUGCUUGAACAUUUGGAGAGGGAAUGCCUAAGCUACAAACUGAAAGCUGCAAUAUUUCAGGAGGCUCUACUAAGCUUUUCAUCUGUCGAAUAUGAUAACAGUGUAAUGAAAACAAGAAUGAAAAGGAAAGCAGCUUCCUAUGUCUCUCUGCUAUCACGCCCUACUGAGCCAUCCUAUGAAGAGCGCCGUGCAAGACUGGAUGCCGCACGGGAUUGAGAGUAAAUUUCAUUUUUGGACGUCCUCAAUUAAAUAAAACAGAUAAAUCGAUAUAAGCUCAUAGGUUUUUAGCAAAUUAAGGGCAAUUCUCAUAUGCGACAAUGGGAUACAUUCACUAAUUUUCCUUCUUUAUUUAUACCGUUUUACAAAAAAUACUACAAGAAGAAUCGACUCCCAAUGUAUAGAAGUUUGACAGUAUCUAAUAAUAAUAAUUAUAGAAUACCUAUUUUGCG